UGCGGCGUCCAGCAGAUGGUUCCUUCCUUUCUAAGACUUCUCUUUCAUUCUUUCUGAACAGCUUCCUCCAGCUUCCUUUCGAAAUUCUGCUGUCGUUUCCCCAGCGCCCAGCGCCCUUCCAGACAACAGCAUUACUUUACUUGGCUUCCUAUCUGGUCUUGUUUUCCUGGAGUCCGCUCCUGCAGCUGCGCAGCCGAUCGAUGCAUCCCCCCCUGGCAUUGCACAAGCACCCGGCCUGCAAGGCGCAGAUCCUGGCCCUGCAAGUGUGCCACUCAGAGCACCCGCUUGCCAAGUUUGUGGGGGUCUGCAAUGAGGCCAAGUAUGCACUGGACAAAUGCUUCAGAGAGGAGAAGCGAGUGAACAGUGCUAAGAACAGGGAAGAAAGCAAGCGCUUUCAAGAGCGACUUCAGAAGCGACGGGAAGAAGCAAGGCUAGAGAAGAAUAGCGUCACUGCCAGUGGCUGACCAUUGGCCCUUUAGGGCCACGGGAACCUGAGCCUCCCGCUAUCGAACGCCGCAGCGUCUCUUCUAAAACUCGUUCGCGACAAAGCUUCUGACAGCGACUGACAGCGACUGCUUAACAAGAAGCAACUAGGAAACCUUGCGACGUCGCUUGAAGAACAAGCGACGUUGGUUCUGGUUGGGGAAGCGGUGUCUGUGUUUGAACAGAGUGUCGUUGAACAGUGAUUCAAUCUUAGCCUGCGGGUGUAGCACCAACGGUAAGGCUUCGGCUUUCAAAUGAACGCAAGCGUACUCUGAGCAUGGCUACGGAACCAAAGGAGAGGGUGGGGCGGCCGCGCAUUUUGCUGGGGGCAAGCGGAAGUGUUGCAGCAAUCAAGUUGCACAUUAUUACAGCGGAGCUGGUCGAGAAGGCUGACGUCAGGAUCGUGCUCACAAAGGCUGCACUUCACUUCGUGAAGAGAGAGGAUCUGCCGUCGGGGGUGCCUAUUUACACCGACGAGGACGAGUGGGCGACGUGGAGUAAAAUUGGAGACGACGUCCUCCAUAUCGAGCUCCGCAAGUGGGCGGACGUUCUUCUGAUUGCGCCCCUGUCAGCAAACACGCUCGCCAAGAUUGCCGGCGGCCUGUGUGACAACCUGCUGACGUCAGUUGUGCGGGCGUGGGACUUCUCGAAGCCAUUCCUAGUUGCUCCCGCGAUGAACACGCACAUGUGGGACAGCCCCUUCACCGGUCGGCACCUCAAAGAACUAGACACAUUAGGCGUCAGGUUGAUUGAGCCAGUCUCUAAAAAGUUGGCAUGUGGAGAUGUUGGUAAUGGAGCAAUGGCAGAACCGUCAAAAAUUGUCGAAGCCGUCUGGUUGGUGUCGUGAGAUUGCGCUACUUCUUCCUUGGAAGGGUUUGAUGUGACAGCCAGUAAGCCGGUAUCAGUGUUGUAAACAUACUGCGAACCUCCCUAGUAACUUGAACUCUUCAGGCCAUGUGCUUGGUGUAUUCUUCUUCCCACUCCUAGCUGGCAAUUGUCACUUACAAGUAACUACGGAGCCAAAG